GUGCAAGUGCCGCGAGGUUUUAUUUAACGUCAUCACGUGACGAAUGCAAAUGUAACAAACGACAUUAAAAGACAGAGAGAGCUUAUACAAUAUAAUGUCUUAUAAAGUCGGGACAAACAAUUUUCACUAGUUAUUCACAUAAACACAGAUCGCACCUCUGUACUCGGCUCCAGCACUUCAAUCUUGACAUGUGAGCGGCCAUGUUGGAUUGUAUUUGACCUAAACAUUCACCGGAAAUGAUUCUCAAACACGUCCGCUGUCGCGUUAUUAUGCUGCGGUUGCCUGGAUACAAGCGAGCGUGUGAGAAAGAUUUGAAUUUAUUAUACGGAUUAAAUAAAUAUUUACUGUGAUGGGUAAAACAUAUUUUCAUAGUAACGUUAGUAUAGCUACUUUCUAAAAAUGUAGAGAAGGCUGGGGAGCUAUAAAGGAACCUUUAGACAACAUUGAUUGAACAGUAUAAUGGAUUUCAUAACUCGUAAAUAGGGUCACUGAGUGUCACUUUGCUUAAGCUGAAGAAACAUAAGUAGAUGACGUGGACUUAACAAAGAAAAAUUGCCAAAAAGAUAUUGAAACGUAAAAAAACCUGAUUGAUAAAAUGGCAGAUUCAAAUUUUAGGCAAAGGGUGACUACACUGAAGAUGCUAAAAUAUACAUAUAUGAUUCAUAUUGGAUUUUAAAGGCAUAACAUCAUUUCCAUGAGUUAUUCAAUAGUUGAUAAUGUGUUAUUCUUAUAGUUAGUGACUCUAAACGUUUCUAGGCCUAAUAUAUAUAUUACAUUUAAAAUGUUUGCUAAUUUAGUAUUUUGUGCUUUGUAACUUUUUAACCUAAUUUUACAUUCUAUUCAAAGCUAACAAAUGUCAUGUGCUAUAUUGCACAGCUUUUACAACUUUGACGACAACUGUGUGGCUUUGCACAAUAAGAGCAACACAUCUAUAAAGAACAAUGUGUUCUUACAGCUUGUAUUGCAACCAAAAUAAUUGGUGCAUAAGAAUUGCAUUGAUUUCUAAAUGCUGCCAUCAGAUUUAAGAGCUUUUUGCUGUUUGAAGAACACAAGAAUUAGUGCACUGCACCGAAUUAUACCAAGAGAAUGAUGCUUUCAACAUAUUUUACUCUUAUUUCUUUGAUCAUGUCUUUAAUUCCACAAAUAACCAAUUCAUAUGAGCUACAAGAUACGAUUCGUACUCUCAGGGAGGAGAAUGCAUACCUACAUCACAAACUGAAAAAUUUUACUCAAACACUGCGGGAUAUGAGAAAACUGCUGCUGGAUCACUCACAUGGGUCUGCUGUGGAUGCAGAUAGUGACCAACUGCAUGCCUGGAAUGAAUGGAUUAAAAACGGUAUCAACACAGAGACUCGUCUCAUGUUAGAACAAGCUUUCUGUAUACUGGAUCUUCACACAAGUGCUAAUUUCUGUUUUCCAGAACAAAUUCUUCUUGUUGUAUCAAGUUUCUUUUGGAUUGGGUUCCUCUUUAUCUAGACACUAAUGUUAUAUGCAAUCUUUUAACCCGUUUAAACUUGUGGGAAACUAAAGUUGCCUAAACCUGCCUCUAUGACUCUUAUUUUACCUGGAAAUAUUUUUAUGUGACUAUGGAUGAUUUAAAACAACUCACAUACAAAGAAACAGUAUACACUCAUAAAAAUAAAGGUGCUUAAAAGGUUCUUCACAGCGAUGCCAUAGAAGAACCUUUUUUUGGUUCUUCAAAGAACCAUUUCUUUCAUACAUUUUUAUAAUUUGAAGAACCUUUUUCACCUUAAAGAACCUUUUGUGAAACAGAAAUGUUCUAUAGAUGUUAAAGGUGCUUUAAAGAACCAUUUAGACAGAAAAGAUUCUUCUGCAUCAUAAAGCACCUUUAUUUUUAAGAGUGUAUGAGUUAUUGACCUAAUUAAUAAUGUGUCACACGAAGGGGGGGGGUUUAUUUAUUAAUUUAAUUUCUAAAAUUCUGACCGCAGUCAACAAAGUUUACUUUACUAUGUUAAUCUUUGCAUACAUUUCUGUAUAGAUGUAAAACAUUUUUUAAUCAUCUUUAUGUGAAUGUUCUGUGAAAAAAAUCUAAUUCAAAGAAAAUCAAACCUGUCGUAAUUCAACCUCAAUGUUAAAAAUUACAUUUCAAUCUGUUUAUUAGACAACACUAAUACUUAAAUAUUCAAACCUGUGUUUCUGUAUAGCUCAGUGGUAGAGCAUUGCGUUUGCAGCACAAAAGGUCACCGUCCAUUUUUGACCCAGUGCUUGGUUAAAAAUAACCCAGCGUUUUUUAGAGUGCAAAUUAAAACCUCAAUUUGUAAAAUACAGAUAAAACCUGAGUCCAGCAGGCUUCAGUGUCAAGCUAAAUGCAAUUGUCUUUGUGUUUGAGAAUGUAAAUAAAAAAAUAAAUAUAUAGAUGUUUCCUUUGUUGAUUCUGUUAAAUGCUGAUUCUCCAUAUUGCAGCCACGUGAAAUUAUUCCCAGCCGUUUCUCUAUCGCAGACUUUGUGUGUUUGAUGUUCUACACCGCAGAUUUCACAUCAGCCCAACAGAAUUGGCCUUUGUUCAGUUAAUUAAAAUCAGCCUCAUGCAUAGAUUAGAAAUCAGGCUAUUUGUACUUUAAUUUACAUCUGAUUGAUAAAUAAAAUGAAGUCAAUUUACAUUUGCAAAGUCUUACUACAUGUUGGGUUAGCUUAUAUACAAUGGUAAACUGUCAGACAUAAAGGUACAAAAGCUGUCACUAGGGGCAAAAGGUUGUAAUAUGAACCAUUUGGGUUCAAAUAUGUGCCUUUGAGGUACCAAUACAUAUCUUUGAAGUACCAAUAUGUACUCUUUGGCUACAAAUGUGUACUUUUUGAAAGGGUAGAUUGUAGUAAACUUUCCUAAUAAUCUGAAAAUGUCUGAGAGUUGUGUGAUGAUGCACCAAUUAUCAAAGACGACAUAAAAACGACACUAAAAAAUAUAAGGGUACUUAAAAGUUUCUUCGCAGUGAUCCCAAUAACCAAUUUUGGUUCCUCAACGAAAGAUUCAGUCAAAGAUUCAUAGAAUAACCAUUUCUUUCAUGCCUUUUUUUAACGUUCUUUAGAUGUUAAACUCAGCUAAUUUUUAUUUGAUACGACUAAUAUUGUCGCAUGCAACCAAACACACAUACAGGUGUGAAAUGAUUGAUGCCGAGGUGCAUAACAAACGCUAUUAGACUUGUGGACACCUUUUGUGAAUAACCAUCACAGGGAUUUGAAAAACAAUUGUUCUCAUUUUUUUCUCAAAAAGCAUGGUUUAGAUUUUUAUUUGUGUCCUCUGGCACAGUGUGGAAAUAGGGCCUGAACACAUGCAGAGUGGUGCUUUAGUUCUCUCAUAUUGUUUCUGGUUGCGAAGGGGGGGCGAACUGUGACCUCAGAGCCCAUCUGUGUGUAUGCGUGCAGGUAUAUGUGUGUCUGUUCCUCCAUCAUUAGAUCAAGCGUGUUGCAUUGAAAAACCAGAGGGUGCUCACUGACAGAGAUGCUGCACUGAAUCUUAACAGUUUGCUCUGCAUGGUGCAUGAAUGCAUUUGGUCAGAUGAGGAAUGAUGCUAUGGACCAUUAUCAUCACAUGAACGGCACAGAUGAAGAGGGUUAGCAUGUCUCGUCCUGUAUGGAGCUCAUUGGAGACGCUCUGUUACCUCUGGCAUUUUCUUCUGUCUUGUUCCAUCAGAAUCGGUUCCACUGCGUCUGAGUUAGGUUUGGAGGAUGUUUUCUUUCAUCCCCAGUCUCUAAGAACUGAAGAGGGUCAGGAUGUUUUCUUUCAGUGUGUUUCUGGUGACAGUUCUCCUCCUGCACAAAUUUCAUGGACAAAAAAUGGCAGAGUGCUUAACACAGGAAACCAGAUUCAGCCUGAUACACUAAAUAUUACCACUAGGGGCAGUAUGGAGGAGGGAUCCAAAUGAAGACUUCAGGCACUUUGCACAUUGCUAACAUCACCAAAGCAGACCAAGGACAUUAUGUCUGCGUCACCCACAAUCCCCUGCUGAACAUAAGCAAAGAAAGUCAUGAGGCAACUCUGACGGUAUAUGGUUCCAGUAUGAACAUAAGGAUCAUUGAAGGCCCGCAAAACGUCACAGUAGCUGUUGAAAUGGAGGCUGCUCUGCAUUGUAUUGUUGAAGGAUUUCCCAUUCCCACAGUACAGUGGAUUAAAGAUGGACAUCCAUUACUCAAUACCUCCAGACGGAGUCUACAGAAGAAUGGACAGCUUCUGGUUUUUCAGAGAGUUUCGUCAAAAGACGAGGGCUUUUAUUUCUGUGAAGCGAGCAAUGAUAAGGAGAGAGUUACAUCACAACCUGCUUACCUCCUUCCUUUAGUUAAGGAUUGGACCUUUACUCAGGAACCAGCUGAGCUAACAGUAAGGAGGGGAGAUUCUGCAACUCUUCCCUGUAGACCUUCACACAGCAGACCCCAAACACAAGUGUCCUGGUUUAAAAACAACCAGCUGCUACAUCCAGGACUCCACCAUACAACUCAUCCUAAUGGAGACCUGCUCUUCCACAGUGUACAGGAGACAGACGCAGGAUUGUAUUUCUGCAGAGCAUCUAAUUCCCAUGUCAAAAGGGCUCUUACAUCCCAAAAAAUCUUUCUGGAUGUUCUUGAACCUCCAUCCGUGACCAUCUGGCCAAAGGUGCUGACGUCUCCUGUGGGAGCCGAGGUGGAAGUUCAUUGCCAAGUGUCAGGACACCCUGCUCCUUUAAUAAAGUGGUCAAAACAGGGCCAGUCAGUCCAGACCGGAGGCAAAGUCAUGAUGGGGGUAAGAAACAGUACUCUCUAUAUUUCUUCGGCGAGAGAUUAUGAUGAUGGUGUUUACACGUGUUCGGCCUCCAACACAGCGGGUCAUGACGAGAAAACCAUGACUCUUCAUGUUGCUGUGAAACCCGUUAUCGUUUCGUUCAUCGCAUCAGUCACUGUUUCAGAGGGAUCUCCUGUUAGCCUCCCUUGUCGAGCUGUUGGAGAUUUUCCCAUCAAAUAUACUUGGAUCCGAAUGGCCAUGCUCCAAAAAACACCUGAACUUGUGUCACUCCCACAACACGUACACAUUAAUGAUAAUGGGACAUUGGUUAUCUCCAGCGUCCAUCGAGCCGAUGCAGGAGAAUAUCACUGCACUGCUGAGAAUGGAGUCGGUCAGGAUGUGCGAAGCACCAUCAUAACUGUGACUGCUGAACCGGAUGUCUUGCCCAAAAAGGAUGCACUGAGUAAAAACAUUAUGGCCACUGUUCCAGGGAGUAAGCAAGAGCUAUUUACAGACGUCAAUCGCCAUGAUUCAAAGAUUCCAAGUUUUACGAGAAUAAAUGAACCCAUUCGACAAGCAACUGAAGAGUACAUAAAGAUAUCAUCUUUAAAGGCUUUUGUUGAAGACUUGCCAACGCACCACUUUACUGAUUCUCCCCAAGAUAUGACACAGUUUGCUUCUCUUAAGCCAGCUGGCAUAAACAAAGGAAGAAAACCACAAAAUCCAACAUCUCCGCCCACCGACCCUACAUUAUUUCUCCAACUAAAAGAGACACGACAACACAUCCAACCAACACAACCGGUGACCAAACUUAUAGGUAUUAACUUAAACGCAAGUGACCAGUCAGCAGUAGACUCAUAUUCUAAUGAAGUCCAGCUUAAAAACAUCAAGGACCAAACUGAGACAUUCCUGGAUGUGGACAACAUCACCGUUUCAACGUCAGUGGAAAAUCAACACAAUCAAAGCCAAAUAAUCAAACAAUCCAAAGGAACCAAGUCAUCUGUGACGAAUAAUACAGACCUCAUUGAGUCAGUAAAGAAAAGCACUUCUCAAGCCCCUAUGAGAACUACAGACAAUAAUGCUAGGGAUAAGGUGAAACCACAGUCUUGGUUGCCUGUUAUUGAAAAACAUGACAUUCCAAUCGUGGUUGGAGUCGGCGUUUCCUUGGCUUUUAUUUUCAUCGCUAUGGCCUUUUACUCGUUGGUUCAGAAAAAUGACCCUGCGGGCGUACCAACAUGUAGAGCAGCUUUAAGGGGUCUUGGUGGGCCAUGCAGACACGGGGAACGUCUUGCAAUGGAAAGGACGUAUGAUAACAAAGCAUUUGAGGAUGACAAUAUGGUGGCUGUUAUUGAGCAAAGCCCAAACACGUCAGAGACCAGAGCGCAUCCACCAGAAGCUAGCUCGUCCACCGUGGUGAUCGAUCCGCCUUCCGGUGAUGAUCAAGAUGGUGUCCAGUCUAGCCAAGAUAUGGCAGUUAUUGUGGAGACACAUCCAGAACCUAGAGAAGAGGACCAGUUGGAGACUAUAUUUGAAGAGGGGAAGGCUACUCCCUCACCACAUUCUGACAUUCAGCUUCAGUGUAUGGAUGACUGGAGGAGCAGAGAGUUUGAAGCAGAUCAGGACGUCCCAUCGCCUCCUCCACCCAAUCCACCGCCCGCCCAGGAGGAGGGUCUGCGUUCCUCCCUGACCCUCCAGACCAGCGAUCCCUGCUCGACUCCUGUACGUCACAGCAUUAGCAUCUCCCACGGGUUGUCUCCUCUCCUGCUGUCUCACUGCGUGUCACUGGGCACGACGUCUGUUGCUGUGGACGUUCGCUUUUACCCACCAGCCCCGCCAGCGGCUGAUCAUCCUCAGUGUCCUGCUUUCAUACCCACAGGCCCGCAUGUUAACACCAGAUUGGAGCAUGAAUUAACUGCACCAUCUACCAGUCACAGUAAAUAGCAAAGUCUAUAGGCAUUUUUUGGCUAUUGUCAAUUAGUUGGUGCUCAUGCAUUUUAAAACAUUUUAAUAGUAUUUCUUAUAAUAUUCAGAGGCAUCUUUAUUUUUUUACCUUUAAGUCAUUCCAAACCUUAUAACAUUUAUUUUGUGGUGAUACUGCAGCAUGGGCACGCGACACAUCACUUAAUUAAUAUUCAUGAGCUAAAUAAAUUUCCUAUUGUGGUCCCGCUCCGAUUUCAUAUUAUUCCGUUUAUUUUAUUUAUUAUUGAUUAAAAAGCCUCUGAAUGAUGAUCUUCAAGUUCAUAGACACAUAUUACUUUUACAUUUUUUUGCUAAUGCCAAGGAAUGUAUAAUAGUUGUAAAAUGUGUAAAUACUGUAUGCAUUUUAAAAACUCAGAUGCAAAAGUCACUAAACGCCCCCUAGUCAAAAAUAACAUAAUGAUAUUAACCAAAUGCUCUCUGCACGUAUUAUAAGUUUAUCAAAUACGUUAGCCUCAAAUCCGCUUAAUCCUGGCCUCAGGCAAUUCCGAAAUACCGGUCUGUUGGCAGAAUCCAUUAAAGGGGACAUAUCAUGAAAAUCUGACUUUUUCCAUGUUUAUGUGCUAUAAUUGGGUCUCCAGUGCUUCUAUCAACCUAGAAAAUGUGAAAAAAAUCAACCCAGUAACUUAGUUUUGGUAAACCAUUCUCAAAAAAUAAGUAAUUGAAAUCUGGCUCCCCUUUUGAUGUCAGAAGGGGAUAAUACCACCCCUUCAUCUGCACUAUCCAACCACGACACUGCCAUUUAGUGCAGAGUUCAGCUCAUUUGCAUUUAAAAGGACACACCCAAAACGGCACACUUUUGGCAAUUUUAACAUGCUAUAAUAAAUUGGUAAAUAUGGUAUUUUUAACUAAAACUUCAGUAUUUUACAUCUUUAAAAAAGUCUUGUGAAAUGUCCCCUUAAAGAGUCUGACAAAAAAAUGUAAUUUACAAAAAAUGUCAGACAAGACGCAUUUAGAGGGUUUUGCAUCUGAGCUCCUCAUUUCUAAACGUUAGAUUUUGUGAUUUUUUCGAAAGUUUAUUAAAAUGCUAUUAUAAUGUGAGCAGAAUUUAAACGGACUGAUUUUGCUACAAAACUAGCCAAGAUAUAAUAUAAAAUAUCCCAGAUGGCGGUGGGAUAUUGGUUCUAACAGAUGGUUCUAUUGUGCACAACUCGACUGUUAUUUCUACACGUGCCAAAGGUUAAAAUUACCAGUAGCAUUUAGUGAUGUAUUAAUGUUAAACAUGUAUCCGAAUAUUCUGGAAGUAGUCCACUUCAACAGUUUUACUGUUUUUAUAUACUGUAGAAUUAACCAACUGUGUACAUAUCAAAUAAUUUAUAAUUUAUUACUUGUUUAUACCACGGGCCUGUUGAAUGCUUUAUUCUGAUUGGUUGAAAAAUGUGUCACAGGUGUUGAUACUGCAUCGUGCCGCAUAACCACCUUGGGUGUGCAUUUUUUUCCGAAUAAUUCAACGGCCCGUUGUCAAUUAUUCCUUACUUAUCCUAUACUUUAUUACUUGUUUAUUUUUAUAUCUAUUACUAUUCUUCAUAUAAUUCUCUUAGUUGUGGAAUUCUAUUGUGGACAGCAAAGACAGAAUUUGAUUGUGCAAGAAACAUGUUUGCGUCUUGUGCAUAUGAAAAUAAACGCUUUGAAACUUU